AUGAGGUUUUUCGACAAAAGGACACAAAAGCAGCAGGAGCUGCAAGAUGAGGGCGGAGAAGGCGGCCUUCGGCACGAGAUGAAGAGUGCUGGUGCAAGGGGAACGAGUGGUGAAAUCGACGAGGAGAAGACCACGGACAACGAAACGUUGGCGAGUCCAUACCCACGACCUGGCUCAAUCGAUUGUGCCCUCUCAUUAGAGAAAGAGAAGGCCGUUGUACGGAAAAUUGACAUGCGGUUAAUCCCGCUUGUGAUGAUGCUCUAUCUACUAGCGUACUUAGAUCGUUCCAACAUCGGAAAUGCCAAGAUCGCCGGCAUGUACGCGGACCUGCAUCUCAACUCGGGGACGUACGAGUGGCUCCUCACCAUCUUCUACAUCUCCUACAUCGUCUUUGAGCCGCUGGCUCUGAUGUGGAAGGUCAUGCCGCCGCAUCGCUGGGCCGCUCUAACCGUCAUGGGCUGGGCCGUGUGCGGAACGCUGCAGGCGGCGGCGUUCAGCUGGCGCGCCAUGAUGGUUGCGCGCUUCUUCCUCGGGGUGUUCGAGGCGGCUUUCUCGCCAGGCGUCCCCUUCCUCCUCUCCUUCUUCUAUACGCGCAACGAACUAGGCGUGCGCUGCGGCCUCUACCUCAGCGCCGCUCCUCUGGCAACGUGUUUCGCUGGCGCACUGGCCUACGGCAUCACGUCUGGAGACUCGUCCGCUAUAGCGUCCUGGCGGCUGCUCUUUCUCGUCGAAGGCCUGCCGGGUGCGGUCGCCGCUGCUCUCACCUGGUUUCUGAUGCCGGAUAGCCCCGAGACGGCGAGCUUCUUGACCCGGGAGGAGCAGGCUGUGGCUAAGGCACGGUCGGUAAGACAGGUGGGCAGCGAGGCCGAGAACCGCGUUGGUGGUGGGCUGCAGUGGAGGGAGGUCGGCGCUACGGUGUUGGACUGGAAGCCGUGGAUCACAGCCUUGAUGUACUUCUCCUGCAAUGUCUCCUUCUCAUCCCUCCCCGUCUUCCUCCCCACCAUCCUCGCUGAGAUGGGCUUCUCCAGGGUCAACGCCCAGGGCGUCUCAGCGCCGCCGUAUUUCCUGGCCUUUCUCCUGGUGAUCCUGACCACUUGGGUUGCGGACAAGACCUCGCAGCGAGGCGCGAUGAUCUUCGCCCUUUCACUCGUCGGCGCGGCGGGUUACAUCAUGCUUGGAACUGCGACGAGCGUCGCAGCGCGCUACACUGGCGUAUAUCUUGCCGCUGCAGGCGUCUUUCCAGCCAUUGGGAAUAUUCUCCCUUGGGUGUUGAAUAAUCAGGGGAAUGAUACCCGGAGAGGGACGGGCAUUGCAAUGCUCAACAUGGUUGGGCAGUGUGGACCACUGCUCGGUACGAGGCUGUAUCCUAGCAACGAAGGACCGUAUUACAGGAAAGGGGUGUGGAUUUGUGCUGCGUUCAUGCUGCUGAAUGGAGUACUGGCCUUGUCUCUGAGGUUCUUGCUGGUGUGGGAGAACAAGAAGUUGGAUGAAAAGCACGGGAUUGUUGACAGCGCGGAAGAAGUUGGCACGAUUGGAGAAGAGAAUGCCGGGCCGAAGUUCAGAUAUAUUUUAUAA